AUGGUCAAAAAUGCAGUGGGAGCCGGCAAUGCGCCUUCUCCGUCUCCAAAACCCACGCCAACGGAGACUCCGAUCGCUUCUCCGGCGAAAUCUCCAACCACUUCGUCCCCUCCACCGUCGAAAUCUCCUUCGCCAACGCCUGCGACAACUUCCACUGCCACGCCUCCACCAGUUAAAUCCCCGUCCGAAACUUCCUCUUCUUCUUCAAGCCCACCGGUUCAAUCCCCAACCGCCGCAUCUCCGGCGUUGGCACCCGUGAGUUAUCCUCCUCAAUUGUCCCCGGUCGGGGCUCCGCCUGUUUCUGCUGAUAUUCCUUCAAGUUCAACAACACCCGCCGAGAGUCCAGGGGUUUUCCCAUCGAGCAGUAGCCCUCCCAAGUCCUGCUCCGGUAUGUUUGUCCCCCGAUAG